GCAGCCUUUGAUUGAGGGUUAUAUAGUGGGGCUGUGAUGCUGCUCCGUGAGCGGCUGCCGCACUUUGCAGGAUGACCAGUAAGAUCAUAUUUUACGAGGACAGAAACUUCCAGGGUCGCUCCUAUGAGUGCAACUCAGACUGCCCCGACAUGCAGCCUCACUUCAUCCGCUGUAACUCCAUCAAGGUGGAGAGCGGCUGCUGGGUGCUGUACGAGAAGGCCAACUACAGCGGCUACCAGUACGUGCUGACCAGAGGCGAGUACCCGGACUACCAGCGCUGGAUGGGUUACAACGACACCAUCCGAUCCUGCCGCACGUUCUCCUACACGGGCGAAGGCCCUUAUCGCAUACGGAUCUAUGAGCGACCCAACUUCCAGGGUCAGAUGAUGGAGUUCAGCGAUGACUGUGAGUCGGUGCAGGAGCAUUUCCGCAGCCGGGACAUCUACUCCUGCAACGUCAUGGACGGAUACUGGACCCUCUACGAGCACCCCAACUAUCGCGGCCGGCAGUACUUCAUGAGGCCCGGAGAGUACCGCAAGUUUAGUGAGUGGGGUGCAACUUGUGCGACCAUCGGCUCCUUCAGAAGAAUCACAGAGUUCUAACUAGAAACCUGAAAGCUUCAUGACAUUUUAUUGGCAGUUUGAUGCACAACAUCUCCUGUUUAAAAAA